GCUCUCCACGCUUGUACAGUGCAGCCACGUUCACCCAGGCCUCUUCAAAAUUCACCUGUCCUACCAUAAAUCUUUUUAAAAAUUCCCUCAUAUCGCUAAUAUCGAUAUUGAUCACACGAAAGAUCUUCUGAGGCAUAAUCGAGAUCUUAGAGCGAAAAACUCUAGGGACUCUUCUACUGUUGUUGAUCCUUAUUCGAACGAUAUUAAAAAGGACUCGACAAUAUUAAGUAGUGAAUUUUUAAUUAUUAAGUUUUAGUAAGUGACUCCUUAAGUUUCCUGAGAAAUUUGACAAGUUUCUGUGGUGCGAAGUUUUAACCAGCCAAAGGAUAUCGGCUCAAAGUGAAGUGUUGCUCUUAUUUGAAGUUUAAAUGAUCAAUGAUGUAUCAUUUAUGAUCAAAUGUUAAUUCUUAAUUAAAUUGAUUUAUGUUUUGAUCGUCGUGUCUCGCGCUGUGAACGCGCUGUUAUUAUUUAUUUUCAAUUAGUAAAGGGGAAGGAAAAUGUGCGAGUGUGGCGACGAGUGUGCUGAGGCAGCGCGAAAUUCAAAAUUCGUCAGGGAUUAAUAGUGAAAGAAGUAACUGGUUUUGGAAAAUUACGGGUAACUCAGAACCCCCAGAUUCUGAAAUGUCCACCUUAGGCCUCUCAAAGGUUUUCAUCUUGGACAAGUACUUCACGGAGCUGCAAAAGUUUUGGGAAACUGAGAAAAAGCUCCAAGAUGCCUCGUCGUCGAAUGAAGCAGUGCAUCUACAGCAGCGUCUGAAGAGCCUGAGCACGGAAUUGGUGACCCUGAGGAACCGGCUGCACGUGAGCCAGCCAGGUAACAAUUCAGGGCCGGCGGGUGCUGCGUGCAGCCCCCUGGCCAAAAGUCCUGAGAAAAGUUUGAGUUCUUCAGCCCCAGCGGUACCACCGAGGACGUCAUUGCCACCAGGUGGCAAUGGUAGCAAUGGCACACACCAUACAGGACAUCCUUCCGGUCACACUCUUACUGCUUCCGCGAUCGUUCAUCCUCACGCAAAUCACGGCACGAGCAAUGGCCUCAACCACAACUCGACCACAAAUAAUUUAAUAUCUGAUCUGGAACCCCCAAAGCGACACAACGGGGUGCCUGACGACGGGAUAGUGUCCUGUGUCACAGCCUUGGGUUGUCAAAGAUCGGCGCCGAUUUCUAGCAUCAUCGCUGAUGUAAAGAAUGCUAAAAGCUCGCAUGCCCAACAUCAUAGGUAUCCACCAAAGGGAAAUGGAUCUUCAUCCGGUCAAGCAACAUCUACGACCUUGGACGACCUCAUUCACCUAUCUGCACCUCUCACCGAAGAUGCGGUCCUCAAGUGUCUCCAGGCCCGCUUCUGUGCCAAGCAAUAUCAUACGAACGUUGGUCCCAUCCUGGUUAGCAUUAAUCCUUACACGGACGUGGGAAAUCCCCUGACUUUGACGAGUACGAGGGCUGUGCCAUUGGCGCCCCAGUUAAAUAGGGUUGUGCAGGAGGCCGUAAGACAGCAAUCAGAAACUGGAUAUCCUCAGGCGAUCAUUCUCUCAGGCACGAGUGGUUCAGGAAAAACUUAUGCGUCGAUGUUAUUACUGAGGCAACUUUUUGACGUUGCUGGUGGAGGUCCUGAAACCGAUGCCUUCAAACACUUGGCUGCUGCUUUCACUGUUCUCAGAUCCUUAGGUUCGGCCAAGACUGCCACAAAUUCCGAAAGUUCGAGAAUCGGUCAUUUUAUAGAGGUUCAAGUAACCGAUGGAGCACUUUAUAGAACAAAAAUCCACUGUUACUUUUUAGAUCAAACGAGGGUUAUACGACCUUUACCAGAUGAAAAAAAUUAUCAUAUUUUUUAUCAGAUGCUUGCUGGUCUUUCGCAUGAUGAAAGAGUGAAACUAAAUUUGGAGGGUUAUAACCUAAAGAAUUUGAGGUAUUUACAACAGGGAGAUACUAGACAGGAUGAAGCUGAGGAUGCAGUGAGGUUUCAAGCCUGGAAAGCCUGCUUAGGGGUUCUGGGAAUUCCAUUUUUGGAUGUGGUUCGAGUGCUAGCAGCUGUUUUGAUUCUUGGAAAUGUGGGGUUUACUGAUGGCCCUGGAGUGGAGGUCGGAGUGAUCGGAGAGAAUGAGUUGGCAUCUGUGGCGGCACUUUUAGGUGUACCUCCGCCAGCUUUACUGAGAGGACUUACCUCCAGGACCCAUAAUGCUCGUGGACAGCUCGUCAAGUCCGUCUGCGAUGCCAAUAUGUCUAAUAUGACGAGAGAUUCUCUGGCAAAGGCACUAUAUUGUCGAACCGUUGCAACCAUAGUAAGAAGAGCUAACAGUUUGAAGAGGCUAGGUUCAACUCUUGGAACUCUUUCCUCUGAUUCCAAUGAGUCAGUCCACAAUCAGGCUGAAGUUACGAGUCAACAUGCAUCCACUAUUGGUAGUUCAGCAGGUGGAAUUGGUUCAAGAAGUAUGACUGCCUUAAACAAUGCAGUGAGACAUGCAACCGACGGAUUUAUUGGAAUCCUGGACAUGUUUGGUUUCGAGGAUCCAAAACCAAGUCAACUCGAACAUUUAUGCAUUAAUCUAUGUGCUGAGACAAUGCAGCAUUUCUACAAUACUCAUAUUUUCAAAAGCUCGAUCGAAAGUUGCAGGGAUGAAGGCAUACAUUGUGAUGUUGAAGUUGAUUAUGUUGAUAAUGUCCCUUGUAUCGACCUCAUCUCAUCCUUGAGAACUGGAUUAUUAAGUAUGUUGGAUGUUGAAUGUUCGAUACGUGGUACAGCAGAAAGUUACGUUGCUAAGGUGAAAGUACAGCACAAACAAAAUCCGAGGCUUUUCGAACCAAGGGCUGUUGACUGUAGAUCAUUUGGAAUACAACAUUUCGCUGGGAGAGUCACCUACGAUGCUUCAGAUUUUCUAGAUACGAACAAGGAUGUGGUGCCUGAUGAUCUAGUAGCAGUAUUUUACAAACACACCUGCAAUUUUGGGUUUGCAACACAUUUAUUUGGAAGCGAGCUAAAGGCACUUUAUGCAAGUGAUACCGUUCCCAGAGGAGUUAGCUUUCGAAUAUCCCCUACGUCACAUACUGAUCUGUUAAAUGGAGAUGAGCCAAUUUCGACCUUAACUCAGGAUUUCCAUACUCGAUUGGAUAAUCUUUUGAGGACAUUGGUACAUGCAAGACCUCAUUUUGUUCGAUGUAUUAGAAGCAAUGCUUCAGAAACACCUAUGCACUUGGAUAGAGGGGUGGCUAUGCGUCAAAUUAGGUCUCUUCAAGUCCUGGAAACUGUAAAUUUAAUGGCUGGAGGAUAUCCUCAUAGAAUGAGGUUUAAGGCCUUCAACUCUAGGUACCGACUGAUCGCUCCCUUUAAGCAACUACGAAGAGCUGAAGACCAAGCAGUUGAAGACACAAAAUUAAUUUUACAAAAUGCUCAACAAGUAAAGAGUAAAUUCAGUGCUAGCACAAGUUGGGCUCUUGGAAAGAGGCACAUUUUCCUCAGCGAAGGUAUUCGGCAGCAGUUGGAACAUCUGAGAUCUGAAACCAGAAGAAAAGCUGCAACUUCUAUACAGGCUACAUGGAGAGGCUGGAAGGUCCGAAGAAGAUGGCCUCUGCGAAGAACGAAAAUGGGGAUGACCUCUGCUCUCAGUCAAAAGCAAAAUUCCCAACCACCAAGUAGUAACACUGGUACUAUUCAGAGGAAUUUGACUGUUGGAUCCGUAACCGGAAACGGAAUUCGGCCAAGGCCCCAACCUAUCACGGGAACCCCGCCCCCAGAUCCAUCCGAAAAAUGCGCAGAUCAGAAAAUGAUUCAGCAAACUUGCACUCUCUUCGGUCUGGACUUGGAACGACCUCCACCUGUACCUCCAAGCAGAUCUUAUACUGUCACAGGAAAUACAAAGUUAGGCUAUCCUCAAACCCGAGUGAUGAAGACACCUUUUCCUGAAGAAGGGGAAGGUGAGGUAGUCCUCUUAAAAGGAGAAACUGUCCUCGUCGUUGGAGCAUCACCCAGGCGAGGUCACUUACUCGUUGAACACAACAACAUUACGUUACACGUGCCUUACCAGUUCAUGGAGUUAAAACCAUGCAACAUUAAUGUCUAAGCGUUAUUUAUUUCUCCUCUGAUCAUGUGAACCAAAAGGUUCUCUGAAAUCAUUAAAUCCAUGUACAAAAGAGAUUAGGACAUCAUCAAGAUUUUGGUGAUUCCCUUGAUGUUACGUUUGGUCUGAGUAUUAUAAAAUUCUCUCGUCCUCCUUACUGCCGAUGAAUUGCCAUACGAUAAUCCUAAAAAGAUGUCCGAUAUACGUUCUGAUUUUUGAAUUAUAAAUUAUAAUUAAAAGCCCGAAGCUAACUUUCUCAGGUAUUUGAUUGAAAAUCAACUCGUCUUUCAGUAAGAAUCUCGGAAAUUCGCCCUUGUUGUAUGACUAUUGUCUGAAAUUGUUUUUAUUUUAUAUUUUUUAUACAAGUACUCCUUCGUUAUGUGAUUCGCUCAAAAACCAAGAUUUGUCUUCCAUUUAAGUAGGAUCUACCUUUAAGUUGUAAUUGUAUGUUACGUUAGUGAAAAAAUCACAAUAUGGAGAUGGUAGUCCUUAAGAUAUUUUAAGGAUAUUAUUGGAAAUUGUAAAAUAUUAUCUACUUUAUUGUAAAUUGUGAUUUUUUUACUUAAUAGUUCGUAAGUCUCUUGACUGGAGAACUCUAAAUAUUAUAUUAAACAGAUUAAACAGUACGAAAAUAUUAUACCGGUGAUGUGCAUUUGGAGGGUGCUACAGCAGAUUUAUUACAUCUUUCUUAUUUUUUAUUGUUUAACAGAUACUUUUAUUUGUUUUCAGAGUUCACUUCUUUUCUAAAUUCCAUUUUACUUUAAACUUACAAUUGAUCAAUUCUCAAUGAUUAACAAAUUUCUAAUAUCGAUGAAUAUACAUUUUUAGUCUGUGAACUCUGUGUAAAAAGUAGCGAUACACAAGCAAUAACAUAGUAUCCUAAAGUUCCAAUUUUUACCUGUAAGGUAUUAACCAACAGUAUUCUCGUCUGUCAUUGAAUUCUUAGUGCCAAUCGCUAGAACGAAUCCACCACACAAUUUAUGAGUAUGCAUGGGCACUUAUUUGUAAUUGUCAUUAACGUCGUAAUCAUUAUACACGAUCACCGUCACAAUUAUAAUUCCUCCGUAAUUAUGUCGUACGAAGGUGAAGGUAUUUGCUUUGUAGAUACGAGCACUCUAUUAAUUGCAGGCUAACUCCCUGCUACUUGAAUACCUUGCUACUUUCAAAAGCAAUACGUUUGCGCUUUCGAGGGCUUCAAAAGCUUUCGAGAUUACAUAUGUACAUAUACACACAUACCUACACAUACCUACACAUACCUACACAUAAAUACAUGUUACCUACGUUCGAUAAAAGAAAAAUUAUAUUUAAAAUGUUUGUGACCAUCUCUAUAUGUCAGGGUGAAUCAAUCUCUGUUUAGUCAAAUAAAGAUUAAGAGGUUGCAGAAAAUGAGGGCCUUAUUUUAAGACUCUCAGAAUACAAAUUUUCCGGUGAAAUUUUAAAGUAUUGCAUUGAUUUGCUUUAAUAUAGUGGUCUCGAUUAUUCUAUCCAUGGUAAAUUGCAAUCUGUAUAGUUGGGAAAGAUUUUAAUUGAUAGUUUACCCAGAAGAACAUGUAAAUAAUUGGU